GUUUGAGAGGGAAGGGUGACAGGGAGAAAGACUGACUGUGAGGAGAGUCAGAGAGGGAGAAAGAAAGAGAGAGUGAGAAAGAGAGAGAGAGAGCAAGAGAGAGCGAGAGCGAGAGUCCAACACUGCUAGUGAAACAUGUCAGCUGUUGGUUAAGGGAGGCUGAAGAAGAAAAAUACAUAGAGAGAGAGAGAGAGAGAGAGAGAGAGAGAGAGAGAGAGAGAGAGGCAGGGUCUGGGUGUAUGUAUGCCAGGAUGGAGAGACCCUCCUGUCUCCCGCGGAGCAGCAAGAUGAACAGCUACAUCACCAACGCCCUCUCUGACUUCUUCUUCAAGUAUGAGACCCCCCGACAGGUGCUGGUGCGGAACAGGAGGGUGGGGGUCGUGUGCCGAUUGAUUCAGCUGGGGGUCCUGGCUUACAUCAUCGGUUGGGUGUUUAUCUAUGAAAAAGGCUACCAGUCGACAGACACGGCCGUGGGUUCUGUCUUUACUAAGAUGAAAGGGGUGGGCUACACCAAGGUGGAUGGAGAGGAGAGGGUCUGGGACAUGGCUGACUACGUCUUCCCUGAACAGGGAGACUCAUCUUUUGUGGUGAUGACCAACUACAUCAUAACCAAAGGUCAGAAAAUGGGAACAUGUCCUGAGCUCGCAGAACCCAGCUAUCUCUGCAACUCCGACUCAGACUGUGCAAGAGGGAUAAUAGAACGUACAGGACAUGGACAUAUGACGGGGAAGUGUGUGGGGAACACAACCAAGACGUGUGAGGUUGUAGCCUGGUGCCCUGUGGAAGAUGACCGCGUCAUCCCAGAUCCCGCACUCUUGAUGUCGGCAGAGAACUACACACUGUUCAUCAAAAACUCUGUCACCUUUGCAGCAUAUGGUGUUAAGAGGAGUAACCUCGUAGAAGGUAUCGACAAUCAGUACAUCAAGAGUUGUGUGUAUGACCCGAAGACGUCCCCACUGUGUCCCAUUUUCAGACUGGGUGACUUGGUACAGAUGUCUGGCUUCAACUUCUCCACCAUAGCCAGAGUGGGCGGGGCUAUUGGUAUCGUCAUUGACUGGACCUGUAACCUGGACUAUGACCAGUCAGAGUGUAAACCGAUCUACUCCUUCCACGGUCUCUAUGGAAAUCCCAAAGAGACAGACAUGGCUAGAACAUCUGUUGGAUACAACUUCCGGUAUGCAAAGCAUUAUAUGGAGGACAAACAGGAUAAAAGAACACUUCUGAAAGUGUUUGGGAUUCGAUUUGACAUCAUUGUUCGUUCAGUGGCCAGAAAAUUUGAUAUCAUUCCAACACUAACAGCUAUAGGCUCUGGCGUUGGAAUCUUUGGAGUGGCGACUGUAGUAUGUGAUCUGAUCCUUCUGUAUCUGCUACCAAAGAGGGAGUACUACAACAACAUGAAAUUCAAGGUCACAGAAACAGUAGAGCAGUGCGACAACCUGAAGCUGGGUAUAAACACAUUCAUCUAUUACAUCCCCGACGUCUAUGCAGGACCACAAGUCUCAGCCAAUAUAAUCCUACAAAAUAAAGAACCUUUAGAUGAGUUCAAGUCAGAAAAAGAAGUAUCCAUGGAGUGAUCCUACAAAGGGCAGACUCAUGACUCCUGGGCUCCAGACUGCAGUAACAGGUGGCUCCGGCUCCAACUCUGCAGAACACAGACUCCAGGCUGUACAGACAUGCAGAGGACACUUGGACAGGAAAAUACAUUCUCAAACGACAUUCUCCUCUCUUCAGCUCAAUGAUUCAACUGCUAAUUAUUUAUGCCUUCAAAUCUUGGCAACAGACCUCAAACGAUGCCCUCUGUUUAGGAAAUAAACCGAGAUAAAUACAGAACAUUAUUCUUUCAGAGACAGAAGCAGCCACCCUCCUUUGUUCGUCUCAUAAUAAGAAUAAGACUACCCCAACCCUAAAAGCACUGUUCUCUCAACGUUGCAGAAUUAGCACUGUGUAUUAGUAUAGUGUUGCUUCAUUACCUCAAAGCACCAUGCAUUCAUAGCACAUUUUUAGCAGCCCUUCUACUUUAUGGGAGCACCACCCAUUUCCAACUCGAUAUGACCGUUAUAACACAUUUAUAACAGCCCUCUACUUUAUGGUUGCGCCACCCAUUUCCAACCUCUUCCAUCAGCACAGCACAGCGCCCACAAUGUUGUCUUCAAGAGACAACACUAGAAUGACUACUGGUGGGGUACUCCACUUUGAAAGACACAGAAAUAAUUAUGUAUUUUAGGUUAAAUCUUUUUAUUAAUAAUUUGCGAUUGCCACGUGAAUUCAAUAAACCAUGUUAUGAGUUUAGGUUUUACUCUUGCAUACCCUUUUACAGCUUACUUACAAAAAUACAUGAUUCAAAAAUGAUUCAAAUAAUUUUUAUUGUCUGUUAUUAUGUUAGGUGUACAAAAAGCAUGCAAAAAUAGCUUCUUUAUAUAUUUGGUACAUAUUUACAUUGUAACAGCUACAUUUAGUACAGGUGUGCCAUGCUUUUUGUUUGUUUGUGGGACUUGACGAACCUUGACAAGUACAUUCAAGCCCCAUUUAUACCUGGUUCUAACAUGCAUCCUUCGUCCUGAUCUUGUCCAUUUACACUUAUAAGAUCUGAUGAAAAUCCGUUCACAAUGCGUCUUUAAAUAGUCUACACCUGUCUGAAAAUGUAGACACCAUAACAAUGUGGACAAGAUCAGGACACAUAAUGCAGAUUAUAGGUAUAAACAGGGCUUCAGAGAAAUGCAGAACAGUACAGACAUCUAUCAACACAGCGAACAGGCACCUUUAACACAGAGACCAGACAGUCACAUAUGAUACACAGCAGCGAUGCAAAAACCAUGUCUUAACAUUAUGUACACUCUCACUGGCCUGUUUCAUCUGUUGAAGAGGAUUCCCUCUUUACCCCUGGUUGAAGGAAUUAUUGAUCAUAUUAAUCAGCAUAAAAUUGUCUAUCACCCAGCUCAACUCCCAAGACAAUGUAAUGUACCUGGAAUAAUAGACAGAAUCAGAACACAACACUAAAGUCAUCGAAUGACAACAAUAUUGCACAGACAUGCACCUUAGACACUGAUAAAAAGUCUUGCAAGUGCAGUGCUCCAGACAGACGUACAAAAAAAACGUUGUUUCGCUUUAGCUUGUGCAUCAUCGUGGACUUGAACAUGGCAAACAGCUGAUUCACAACAGGUGCCAUCUUUGUUCCGAUCCUAAAAGCCCUUCAGUUAGAAGAAGUUAACCCACAGACUGACCGGUGACUAAGACAAACCCUUAAAAGCUCCAUCAAAUAACAACCACGUCCAGCGCAACAUGAACAUAGCGUUCACCCCACAGGUAGCAGGAAAAAAAGUUAAGGUAACUAUAAAAAGCCAUAACAGAAAACAAAGCAAGCUCUUCAUUUGGUUGAUUGAAACUCUGUACUUGAAAUUGCAUGUACCGGUAAUAGAGAUGGUACAAAAUAUAUAUACCCUUCAUGUAUAUGCUUCCCUCUCCUUUCGGUCCUCAGUACCUAAUUUCAAUGGAGUGUUUUGCACAAUAGAAUUGCAUCAAAUCGGAAGAGAUAGAGAGUGAGAGGGAUAAAUGGAAAUCACUCUACUGGGCCAUUCUCUGCCACAUGGGGAUUGUGUGGUUGUGAAAAGAUAGUUGUUGUUGUUUGUGGUGUUCCUAAUCACCAUAUUGUAAUUGUCCCUGGGAGAGCUGUGGAAGUGAUUGCUGUGCUCUGACAACAGUACAAAGUGCCUGGGCUGGCAGAGAGAGAGGGAGGGAAACAGAGAGAGGUGGAGGGAUAGAGAGGAAGGGAGAGAGAGAAGGAGAGAGU